ACGGGCGGGCGGCUCCACAGGGGGAGAACCUGGCCCUUGUCCGGAUUGCGUGGGAUCUACAAAGGCGAGCACAGGUGGAGGAGCCAGUAACAGCCAUGGAAGGGUAUGGGAAAAAUGCAAAUCCACUUAAAUUUCGAAUACCAAAGAAGAAAGCCAAUAUGCAAUCAGAUGAAAUUCGUAUUCAGUCCCCAUUGUCCAGACUCACAGAUGCCCACCAUUGGGACUACCCGUUGAAAGAGUGGAAGUUGGAAACUAGAAAUAACUUGUAUCACACAAACUGCAACAGAAAAAGACGCUGUGAGAAAUAUCACAUAAAUGAUGAUGCAACAACACUUGGGCAACCCAAAGUUAUGUUGACGAAUGUCCUGAAGACGGAAGUAGGAAGAAAAUACAUUAAGACACAUCCUAUAACUGAUGCUAAUUUAUCUCAUGUUGUCAAGUUGCAGUCAACUCAGCAAACCUCAUCAUCUGCUGACAGUAUAGAGAUAUGGCAAAUUUUAAGUUCUCCUCACCAAAGCCUUUUUAUAUCUAAAAGGCAACCCAAAGUUACCUUGACGAAUGUUCUGAGGACAAGAACAGGAAGAAAAUACGUGCAAACUCAUCUGUUAGCUGAUGCUAAUCUGUCUGAUGCUAGCAACUUGCAAUCAGAUGAAGAGCCCUCCUCAUCUGUUGCCAGCCUAGAAUCAUGUCAAAAAAUAAGUUCUCAACAAAGCUGUAUUUUAUCAAAAAGGUAUGGAAGAUUUCAUAGAAGGUCAAAUGACCAUCUUUGGAAACCCUGUAAAGAUAUAGAAAGUAGCAGUGCCGUGCCAACUCUAAGAAGAUGUGAUGUGGUGCUGGAAGACUGUAGCAUACAGAAUAAAGAAAGAGAGUGUCAAGACAGAAGAACAAAAGAUUCCAAGAAUGCCUCUCCUGGUUUAAGAGAAACAUGCUUUCAAAAUAAUGAAUGCAGAAAAAGAAGAGGUGAAGAUUUUUCAAGUCAGCGGAGUGUAUUUUCUCGAAGAAAAUCAUCAUUGCCUAGUAAAGAGCAGAGCACAGAACCAGUUGAGCCACCUGGUCAAGAACGUAACCCUCAGCAGGAAAACAUUCUUCAGUCUUUGGAAUUGGACUGCUAUGAAACUUUCACCACUGCUAAUCAGGAUACUGCUGUCACUUGUCCAGGUGAAAGCUGUUCAAAGAUUUCUCCCAAGAGAAAGCAGCACUCUGUCGUCAGUAAAGAUGUCCAGAUUUCACCCCCAGUCAGUUCUCCUAAAAAACAAGAAGGGAAUACAGCUGUACCUUCGGAAGAGCCUGGGACUAUAUUGAAAAAGAAUAAACAGAUGACUGAGUCAGCAGAGCCAAUUGUCGUUUCUAGUGAUGAAGAAGAAAGUGCUGAAGCAAAAUAUACAAAGCUCUGCCUCCAGACUACGAAAGGACACUUACCUGAGAGUAAAGAAACAGAACAAGGAUAUGUGCUACCUUUGUCAGAAGAACUGUCACAGGGUUUAAUUGAAAACAAGACUGAACAAGCUUCCACUGAAUCACCUACGCUUAAGGCUACUUCAAACUGUAUGACCAGUGAACAGGCAGAUUUUGCUUUAGAUGUCAAAUCUGCUGUGGUUUUUAUUGGAAAGUAUAAAGGAACAGCAACAGGUUGUAUCAGAUUUUCAACGAGUUACAUUAAGAUUCCAUUUGAAGCCCUGAAUAAGAAUGUGGACCUGCUCAUAGAUACUAGGCACUUUAAAAAAAUUGGUCUGUGGACUGACCAUAAGGAUUCCUCAACUUCAAGGAGUGAUACUGUCAUUUUUCUUUGGCUAUCAUCAAAUUAUGUGGAACAGAUUGAAAAUCAAAUAGGAACAUCUGUGCUGAACAAAAACGCAGUGAAGAGCACUGAAUUCCUUUUCCUCAAGCUGUCUCAGUCACUCACGGAAGGGGAGCAGGUCAUAUUGAACAAGAUAAUUUUGGAAAUAAGCAAGAAGAAUUCCACUCCAGAUCUCAUUGACUUUUUUCCUUGGAAACAAGCAGUUCUGUUGCUGCAAGAUAUAUCUGCUGAAGAAUGCUCCUUCUUUGAUGAUUGUAAUAUGUUGCUUCAGGAGCUAAAGAAGAGUACUACUGUUCUGGAGGAGCUGCAACCUCAGGAAUCAAAAUUAAGCCCCACAAAGCCCAGUUAUUGUCUGCUGCAGAAGCAAAGUGGCGGCAAGUAUUCCUUUUCAAUUUCAUCUGCAAAAGAGGAUGAAUGGAAAGAAUUCCAAGACACCAGACCUGUUCAGUGCUUGAUGGUUUAUCCUCCCCCACCUGCCAAAGGAGGACUGGGUGUCACAAGAGAAGACUUGGAGUGUUUGGACUAUGGAGAAUUCCUCAAUGAUGUGAUCAUUGACUUUUAUCUGAAAUACCUCUUGUUGGAGAAAGCUCCCAGAAAACUUGCUGAGCGGUCACACAUAUUUAGCAGUUUCUUCUAUAAAUGUUUGACCAGGACAAAACAGAAUUCAGAAGAAAAUCCAAAUCUUUCAUUGGCACAAAGAAGACACAAAAGAGUGAAAAGGUGGACUCGACAUACAAAUAUUUUUAAUAAAGACUACAUUUUUGUGCCUGUGAAUGAAGAAUCUCAUUGGUACAUUGCAAUAAUUUGCUUUCCUUGGCUAGAAGAAGUUGUUUAUGAGGACUGUCUGGAUCCGUGUUCAUUGCAGUCACCCACUCCCCAAUUUCCAGUUCAUCUAGAAACUAAAACUGAAACUGUUAGAACAGAAACUGUUUUGGUCUUCAGUGAUAAUCGGAAUGAUGAAGAAAUGGAUAUGAAUAGCCACUUGCAGCUGAAUGAUAAUGGCCAACCUGAAAGGCUGUCUCCAGCAUCGGGUUCCAUAAGUUCCAAAAGUUCCUCAGGCAGUUCUAAAAUCAAGAAGCUUUGUAAAAGGCCAUGUAUCCUCAUUUUGGAUUCCCUGAAGGCAAGUUCCAUACAGAAUACAGUUCAAGUCUUGAGAGAAUAUUUAGAACUAGAGUGGGAAGUGAAACUCAAGACCUGUCGUGAGUUCAGCAAAUCAACAAUGGUGGAUUUCUGUCCAAGAGUCCCUAAACAAAAUAACAAUAGCGAUUGUGGAGUGUAUUUACUGCAGUAUGUGGAAACUUUCUUCCAGAGUCCCAUCGUUAACUUUGAGGUUCCACUGCACUUAGACCGCUGGUUUCCUCGUCAGGCGGUGAGAAACAAGAGAGAAGAAAUUAGAGACUUGAUCCUUCAGCUUCACUUGCAACAGCAGAGGGGUAGCAAGAGCUAGCUGGACAGUUCUUCCAGUCUUGCUAAAGAAGACUCCCUUUCUCUGCCUACACACCUAAAAUUACUGGAAAUCCUUCCAGGAGCUUUUCUGCCUCCAGACUUGCAAAGAGAGGAACUGCAGAUCAUAUUGUUGUUUAUUUUGAAUAUACAUUUAACCUAAGGGUUUAAAAUUUUGAUUUGUAUUGCAAGCCAUUCUUGGGAAAUGGACAAUAUAAAUUGCAGCUGUGCAGUUUAAAGUAAAUAUUUUUAUGUUACUGAUUGGCCUUUUUAUUUGGUAUAUAAAAAGUGGCAUAAAUGGGAAUGUGCUACAAAGUUGGGAAAUAUUUUAGCUAAUUUCCGUCUUGCUAAAUCUGUAGAUUUUGUGUCUAAUCCUACAAAAGAGGGAAAUGUUACCAUCUUAGAGACGUUUUUAAGUCAUAGAGAACUCAUGUAGAAAUCAUUCCCAUGCCUAAAUCAGUGAAGUAUAAAUGCUUCUUGUCUACUUCUGGAAUUUUUUUUUCAGAAGUCAAUACCUAUGAAAACAGUUCUGUGUGAUUUUUUUGAACUCAAAACAAUAAUGUUGUACUGGUCCUGUAAUUUAGAAAUGUAACACAAGAGGGAGCAGUUGGGAAAAUAGUUCUUUUUCCACGUGCAUCUUGCUCUCAUAGACCAGAUUUGGAAGCCUAAUUUUUUUUUCUGCUAUGCAGUACUUGUGUAUAGUAUGAAUACUAUGUAUUUUAAUAAUAUAAAGUCAUAUGGUUUCUGCCAUACUGGAUACAGUAGUAUUUUACAUCUACAAGAUACCAUCCUGUUUCAACUGUGGCAUUUAUUUUGAAGGAAAGGAAAAUUGAUUCUUAGGUAUUUAAUAAACCUGUUUCUAAAAUAAACUUCUUACUCAGAAGUCACAACAUGUUCAGAGGCAUGUUUGGUUAGAUCAUGGAAUUUUCUCCGCCCUCCUCUAAGCAGCCUCCAAAGAUUCUAAACAGCUAAUGCUGUUAUUUGGGGGCAGGGGAAGCGGGAAGCCUUGUAGAAUAAAUUCUGCAAGCUACGAUGGGAUGUCAUGUGAUGGGUGAAUUAGGAAUGACUGGCAGCUCUUUCCUGUCUUCUACCGCUGCACGAAGCACAUUGCACAGUAGUCUAUUGAUGCAAAAAGGAAGAAGGGCACUUCUCACCAAUUCUCCUUCCUAACCCUUUCCCCACCAGGACCUCACAGCAUUUUGCCCAGAGGGCUCCUUUGGCCUCUGUUAUUGCAUUUUGGGGAGCUUGGAGAAACUGUUGAAGGAGAAGCAAGACAGGGAAAGAUCUGUUACUAAUUUUGGGGGAGAUCCAACCCAAUAUACAGUGAAAGGCUGAAUACUUGUGAAUUUUUAUCCAAGUGUUUAUAGCGAUAGGUAAAGUUAUUUGUGCCAGAAGUUCCACUGAAGUAUAUCUCUGUGGUGUGAAGUAGACUUGCAACUGAAGGCCAGAUUGUUCUUGUACUUGAUAAGCUAGAAGCACUGUCUGAAUAAAUAGUUUUCUGAAAA